UCAAGCGGCGUCGCCGCCGAGAUGGUCAAAAUCAAAACUAGAAGUUCUUCAACUUCCUCAGCUUCGGCUUCUAGGAAAAUUGGUUUGGCAGGAGAUACAAAGAAGAUUGCAAGGAAGAAGACGGCGCGAAAAAAGGUAUAAAAAAUUGACGCCAUGAAGCCCAAGAAACCUCCCACGGCUUUCUUCUAUUUCAUGGAGGAUUUUCGUAAGGAAUACCGAGACGAUAAUCCUGAUAUCAAGUCAAUGCGCGAUAUUGGGAAAGCAUGUGGGGAGAAGUGGAAAACAAUGGCAUAUGAGGAAAAGGUAAUGUACUAUGAUAUUGCCACUGAAAAACGAGCAGAGUUUGAUAUAGCUAUGACAAACUUCACUAAGAAAAAGGAAAGUGGGGAAUUUGAUGAAGACGAUUCGCAACUUGAAGACGACUCAGAUUUUGAUGGAUGAAACUGUUAUGAUAGG